AUGAAACAUGCUUUCCUUCUAAUUUUAUUUUUCCUUUUGUUCUUCAUAGCACAACAUGAUAUUACAUCAUGCUUCCAAUUAAAAACUACACCUUCUUUUCUUAAUAACCAAAAAUUUACGUCAUACGCACAAAAGGGCAGCAAUAAAAGGACAAUCCUUAGAUUAGAAAAAUCGUUUUCUGCCCAUGGAAAAUCCUUAAAAAGGUCAAACGUCGAUGAAAGCGACGUGUAUGAGAAUGUAGAAAAGUUUGUUACAAAUAGUCCCUUCUCUAGCAGAAGUGAAAAUGAUAGUGCCAAUACGAAGAACCUAGCUAGAUUCACUUCUAGUUUUGCGUCAAGUCCAGAUGUGUGGAAUGAAGUUGUGAUAGACGAUAUGAACAGCAAAGAUGUUACAGGCUUAACAAGAUUUUUGUAUGCAAAAUAUAGAAGAGCAUUUGCGUCCAUUGAUGAAAAGAGGAAUAAUGCAGACAGCACCUUUAACACUGAAAAAAUAAAAUCGUUGUUUCUUUCCGUUCGAUCCGCUGCAAUUGAUAACAUGAAUACAGAUGAAUUUUUUAAGCAUUUAGAAAGUUAUUCUCUUUUACUAAAAUGUUGCAAAGAUAAUUAUGUCUCUUUUAGUUUUAUUAAAAAUGAAAUCGGAAAUAUAAUGAACACAAUCAUAAAGCACUCCCAGAAUUAUCUACAUGACAAGGACAUAUGUGGCAGGAUGAAAAAUGAGUUUGUAAAUAUGCACGAUCUCAUAAAAGAUAUAAAAAAGAAUGAUGCUAUAAGAAUGAAUAUUAAAAGUUUCUUUUCUGUGUUAAGCACCAACAUGGUCUUAAAUAACAAUUAUGUAUUUCAUUUCCUAACAGAAAUAUUCUCAGCGUUGAAUUUGCUGAUGCGAGAUAACCCAGAUUUAAUUCAUCAUUAUGAGUACAUAAUAAAUCCCCAUUUCUUCUUUAUAAGUAUUUUUUCCCUGUAUUCUUAUAAUUUAAGCAAAGCUCGUUUUUACUACGUAAUGCUAUUAAUUCAUAAUCAAAUAAAUUUGGAGAAUGUAAAGGAAAAUGUUGCGAAAUAUGAUGAUACUUUAAAUUAUAGUGAGUACAAGAACCAUAUACUUAACACCAUUUUUGAGAAAGAAACAAAGGAAUGUGAAUAUAUUAAAGGGGUUAUUGCAAAUAGCAAAAAAGGUGGUAGCACUAUUGUUAAAAGGGAAAACGAGAUGCAUAAUGAAAGCUUAAAUAAGGACCCAAGGGAUGAGAAGGAAGGAAAAGACGCUAUAUUAAAUGAUGAAGACGAGUCGUUAGUCAAGGGGUGCAAAUAUGUACUAUUUAAAGAACUAUAUGACAAUGUCUUCAUAAAACUUUUAUUAUUUUAUGUUUUCUUUUUUUUCAGUGAUCACUAUUUUUGCACUAUUAUUUUAUUAAAUUUUAAGAAUUCUAUAAAGGACCGAAAGAAGGACGGUCGUUUGUUGGAAAUCGUUAAUUAUUUAUUUUCUUUGUUACUAGAUAGUUUAUACCCAGUACGAGAUUAUUCUAAUAUAGUCUUGCUUUUAAGUUUAUAUAAAAACAAUUUUAACGCACUUGAUGAUAAAAGUUUAAGUGCUGUGAAGAAAAUUUUUAAUGCAGUUGUAGAUGACAAUAUGCGGGAAGAAACUUCUGACGACAUGUUUAAAUUACUUUCAGAUAUUAGCGAAUCGAUUAAAAGUGUGGAGAAUGAAAAAAAUCGCAUGAAUAAAAAUAUUACAAGCAAUUCUAAUGAGAGCAAAAAUAUCGGGGAGGAGUUAUGCACGAAUAGCAUAACUUUGAAGGAGGGCGGGAGUAAGGAAGAAAUUUCCAAAUACAACGACGAUGGGGUCACUGAACAAAAUAAGGAAUCAGAGGCUCAGAACGUAGAAAAUAAAGACGCAACUGCAAACGAUUCGAAUAGCAUGAAAGACAAGUUUAACAAAUAUCUGCUGCGUCUGCUGAAAAACAAAGAGUAUGACAAAAUUGAACGGUUAGAAAAAAGAGAUAAUUUAUAUGUAAAUAACAAAACAUAUAGUUUGUUUAUUCAGUCCUUUUUGAGGAACCAUAAAUAUGAUCGAGUGUACAAAGUUUACAAAAAGAUGAAAUUGAAGAAGAAUAUUCCUAUAAAAUAUUUAAAUGCAAAAAAUUUGAUACACAGUUUUAAGAAUUGUGAUAUAGACAAAGGGCAGGUGCUGAAUGAAUUACAACUAAUCAGUAAAUCUUACUUAAAUUUAUAUUUUUCUAAAGACUGCUAUUUCGUACUGACGAAAACGAUGCUGUACAAGCAUAUGUGCGAUUACUUAAAAAAAAAAUGUGACAUGAAAUUAAUGAUCGAUAUUUUUAACUUUAAUGAACUUUUAAAAUAUUUCAUAAGAUUUAAAAGCUUCAUUAAUAUAAAAAAGUUAUAUUUCCUUCUACUCAAGUAUUCGUACAUUAAAACGUACAAAACUUACGUGAUAUUGAUAAGAUUUUUCAACAACCUGAAUUAUGAAUCUGAGAGGGGAAUCGCGCAGGAAGAGGCAAGGCCGGUGAGCGAGGGCGAAGCGGAGGGAUCGUCAUUAGAAUGUGUAAAGGAAGACGAGGGCGAAGCGGAGGGAUCGUCAUUAGAAUGUGUAAAGGAAGACGAGGGCGAAGCGGAGGGAUCGUCAUUAGAAUGUGUAAAGGAAGACGAGGGCGAAGCGGAGGGAUCGUCAUUAGAAUGUGUAAAGGAAGACGAGGGCGAAGCGGAGGGAUCGUCAUUAGAAUGUGUAAAGGAAGACGAGGGCGAAGCGGAGGGAUCGUCAUUAGAAUGUGUAAAGGAAGACGAGGGCGAAGCGGAGGGAUCGUCAUUAGAAUGUGUAAAGGAAGACGAGGGCGAAGCGGAGGGAUCGUCAUUAGAAUGUGUAAAGGAAGACGAGGGCGAAGCGGAGGGAUCGUCAUUAGAAUGUGUAAAGGAAGACGAGGGCGAAGCGGAGGGAUCGUCAUUAGAAUGUGUAAAGGAAGACGAGGGCGAAGCGGAGGGAUCGUCAUUAGAAUGUGUAAAGGAAGACGAGGGCGAAGCGGAGGGAUCGUCAUUAGAAUGUGUAAAGGAAGACGAGGGCGAAGCGGAGGGAUCGUCAUUAGAAUGUGUAAAGGAAGACGAGGGCGAAGCGGAGGGAUCGUCAUUAGAAUGUGUAAAGGAAGACGAGGGCGAAGCGGAGGGAUCGUCAUUAGAAUGUGUAAAGGAAGACGAGGGCGAAGCGGAGGGAUCGUCAUUAGAAUGUGUAAAGGAAGACGAGGGCGAAGCGGAGGGAUCGUCAUUAGAAUGUGUAAAGGAAGACGAGGGCGAAGCGGAGGGAUCGUCAUUAGAAUGUGUAAAGGAAGACGAGGGCGAAGCGGAGGGAUCGUCAUUAGAAUGUGUAAAGGAAGACGAGGGCGAAGCGGAGGGAUCGUCAUUAGAAUGUGUAAAGGAAGACGAGGGCGAAGCGGAGGGAUCGUCAUUAGAAUGUGUAAAGGAAGACGAGGGCGAAGCGGAGGGAUCGUCAUUAGAAUGUGUAAAGGAAGACGAGGGCGAAGCGGAGGGAUCGUCAUUAGAAUGUGUAAAGGAAGACGAGGGCGAAGCGGAGGGAUCGUCAUUAGAAUGUGUAAAGGAAGACGAGGGCGAAGCGGAGGGAUCGUCAUUAGAAUGUGUAAAGGAAGACGAGGGCGAAGCGGAGGGAUCGUCAUUAGAAUGUGUAAAGGAAGACGAGGGCGAAGCGGAGGGAUCGUCAUUAGAAUGUGUAAAGGAAGACGAGGGCGAAGCGGAGGGAUCGUCAUUAGAAUGUGUAAAGGAAGACGAGGGCGAAGCGGAGGGAUCGUCAUUAGAAUGUGUAAAGGAAGACGAGGGCGAAGCGGAGGGAUCGUCAUUAGAAUGUGUAAAGGAAGACGAGGGCGAAGCGGAGGGAUCGUCAUUAGAAUGUGUAAAGGAAGACGAGGGCGAAGCGGAGGGAUCGUCAUUAGAAUGUGUAAAGGAAGACGAGGGCGAAGCGGAGGGAUCGUCAUUAGAAUGUGUAAAGGAAGACGAGGGCGAAGCGGAGGGAUCGUCAUUAGAAUGUGUAAAGGAAGACGAGGGCGAAGCGGAGGGAUCGUCAUUAGAAUGUGUAAAGGAAGACGAGGGCGAAGCGGAGGGAUCGUCAUUAGAAUGUGUAAAGGAAGACGAGGGCGAAGCGGAGGGAUCGUCAUUAGAAUGUGUAAAGGAAGACGAGGGCGAAGCGGAGGGAUCGUCAUUAGAAUGUGUAAAGGAAGACGAGGGCGAAGCGGAGGGAUCGUCAUUAGAAUGUGUAAAGGAAGACGAGGGCGAAGCGGAGGGAUCGUCAUUAGAAUGUGUAAAGGAAGACGAGGGCGAAGCGGAGGGAUCGUCAUUAGAAUGUGUAAAGGAAGACGAGGGCGAAGCGGAGGGAUCGUCAUUAGAAUGUGUAAAGGAAGACGAGGGCGAAGCGGAGGGAUCGUCAUUAGAAUGUGUAAAGGAAGACGAGGGCGAAGCGGAGGGAUCGUCAUUAGAAUGUGUAAAGGAAGACGAGGGCGAAGCGGAGGGAUCGUCAUUAGAAUGUGUAAAGGAAGACGAGGGCGAAGCGGAGGGAUCGUCAUUAGAAUGUGUAAAGGAAGACGAGGGCGAAGCGGAGGGAUCGUCAUUAGAAUGUGUAAAGGAAGACGAGGGCGAAGCGGAGGGAUCGUCAUUAGAAUGUGUAAAGGAAGACGAGGGCGAAGCGGAGGGAUCGUCAUUAGAAUGUGUAAAGGAAGACGAGGGCGAAGCGGAGGGAUCGUCAUUAGAAUGUGUAAAGGAAGACGAGGGCGAAGCGGAGGGAUCGUCAUUAGAAUGUGUAAAGGAAGACGAGGGCGAAGCGGAGGGAUCGUCAUUAGAAUGUGUAAAGGAAGACGAGGGCGAAGCGGAGGGAUCGUCAUUAGAAUGUGUAAAGGAAGACGAGGGCGAAGCGGAGGGAUCGUCAUUAGAAUGUGUAAAGGAAGACGAGGGCGAAGCGGAGGGAUCGUCAUUAGAAUGUGUAAAGGAAGACGAGGGCGAAGCGGAGGGAUCGUCAUUAGAAUGUGUAAAGGAAGACGAGGGCGAAGCGGAGGGAUCGUCAUUAGAAUGUGUAAAGGAAGACGAGGGCGAAGCGGAGGGAUCGUCAUUAGAAUGUGUAAAGGAAGACGAGGGCGAAGCGGAGGGAUCGUCAUUAGAAUGUGUAAAGGAAGACGAGGGCGAAGCGGAGGGAUCGUCAUUAGAAUGUGUAAAGGAAGACGAGGGCGAAGCGGAGGGAUCGUCAUUAGAAUGUGUAAAGGAAGACGAGGGCGAAGCGGAGGGAUCGUCAUUAGAAUGUGUAAAGGAAGACGAGGGCGAAGCGGAGGGAUCGUCAUUAGAAUGUGUAAAGGAAGACGAGGGCGAAGCGGAGGGAUCGUCAUUAGAAUGUGUAAAGGAAGACGAGGGCGAAGCGGAGGGAUCGUCAUUAGAAUGUGUAAAGGAAGACGAGGGCGAAGCGGAGGGAUCGUCAUUAGAAUGUGUAAAGGAAGACGAGGGCGAAGCGGAGGGAUCGUCAUUAGAAUGUGUAAAGGAAGACGAGGGCGAAGCGGAGGGAUCGUCAUUAGAAUGUGUAAAGGAAGACGAGGGCGAAGCGGAGGGAUCGUCAUUAGAAUGUGUAAAGGAAGACGAGGGCGAAGCGGAGGGAUCGUCAUUAGAAUGUGUAAAGGAAGACGAGGGCGAAGCGGAGGGAUCGUCAUUAGAAUGUGUAAAGGAAGACGAGGGCGAAGCGGAGGGAUCGUCAUUAGAAUGUGUAAAGGAAGACGAGGGCGAAGCGGAGGGAUCGUCAUUAGAAUGUGUAAAGGAAGACGAGGGCGAAGCGGAGGGAUCGUCAUUAGAAUGUGUAAAGGAAGACGAGGGCGAAGCGGAGGGAUCGUCAUUAGAAUGUGUAAAGGAAGACGAGGGCGAAGCGGAGGGAUCGUCAUUAGAAUGUGUAAAGGAAGACGAGGGCGAAGCGGAGGGAUCGUCAUUAGAAUGUGUAAAGGAAGACGAGGGCGAAGCGGAGGGAUCGUCAUUAGAAUGUGUAAAGGAAGACGAGGGCGAAGCGGAGGGAUCGUCAUUAGAAUGUGUAAAGGAAGACGAGGGCGAAGCGGAGGGAUCGUCAUUAGAAUGUGUAAAGGAAGACGAGGGCGAAGCGGAGGGAUCGUCAUUAGAAUGUGUAAAGGAAGACGAGGGCGAAGCGGAGGGAUCGUCAUUAGAAUGUGUAAAGGAAGACGAGGGCGAAGCGGAGGGAUCGUCAUUAGAAUGUGUAAAGGAAGACGAGGGCGAAGCGGAGGGAUCGUCAUUAGAAUGUGUAAAGGAAGACGAGGGCGAAGCGGAGGGAUCGUCAUUAGAAUGUGUAAAGGAAGACGAGGGCGAAGCGGAGGGAUCGUCAUUAGAAUGUGUAAAGGAAGACGAGGGCGAAGCGGAGGGAUCGUCAUUAGAAUGUGUAAAGGAAGACGAGGGCGAAGCGGAGGGAUCGUCAUUAGAAUGUGUAAAGGAAGACGAGGGCGAAGCGGAGGGAUCGUCAUUAGAAUGUGUAAAGGAAGACGAGGGCGAAGCGGAGGGAUCGUCAUUAGAAUGUGUAAAGGAAGACGAGGGCGAAGCGGAGGGAUCGUCAUUAGAAUGUGUAAAGGAAGACGAGGGCGAAGCGGAGGGAUCGUCAUUAGAAUGUGUAAAGGAAGACGAGGGCGAAGCGGAGGGAUCGUCAUUAGAAUGUGUAAAGGAAGACGAGGGCGAAGCGGAGGGAUCGUCAUUAGAAUGUGUAAAGGAAGACGAGGGCGAAGCGGAGGGAUCGUCAUUAGAAUGUGUAAAGGAAGACGAGGGCGAAGCGGAGGGAUCGUCAUUAGAAUGUGUAAAGGAAGACGAGGGCGAAGCGGAGGGAUCGUCAUUAGAAUGUGUAAAGGAAGACGAGGGCGAAGCGGAGGGAUCGUCAUUAGAAUGUGUAAAGGAAGACGAGGGCGAAGCGGAGGGAUCGUCAUUAGAAUGUGUAAAGGAAGACGAGGGCGAAGCGGAGGGAUCGUCAUUAGAAUGUGUAAAGGAAGACGAGGGCGAAGCGGAGGGAUCGUCAUUAGAAUGUGUAAAGGAAGACGAGGGCGAAGCGGAGGGAUCGUCAUUAGAAUGUGUAAAGGAAGACGAGGGCGAAGCGGAGGGAUCGUCAUUAGAAUGUGUAAAGGAAGACGAGGGCGAAGCGGAGGGAUCGUCAUUAGAAUGUGUAAAGGAAGACGAGGGCGAAGCGGAGGGAUCGUCAUUAGAAUGUGUAAAGGAAGACGAGGGCGAAGCGGAGGGAUCGUCAUUAGAAUGUGUAAAGGAAGACGAGGGCGAAGCGGAGGGAUCGUCAUUAGAAUGUGUAAAGGAAGACGAGGGCGAAGCGGAGGGAUCGUCAUUAGAAUGUGUAAAGGAAGACGAGGGCGAAGCGGAGGGAUCGUCAUUAGAAUGUGUAAAGGAAGACGAGGGCGAAGCGGAGGGAUCGUCAUUAGAAUGUGUAAAGGAAGACGAGGGCGAAGCGGAGGGAUCGUCAUUAGAAUGUGUAAAGGAAGACGAGGGCGAAGCGGAGGGAUCGUCAUUAGAAUGUGUAAAGGAAGACGAGGGCGAAGCGGAGGGAUCGUCAUUAGAAUGUGUAAAGGAAGACGAGGGCGAAGCGGAGGGAUCGUCAUUAGAAUGUGUAAAGGAAGACGAGGGCGAAGCGGAGGGAUCGUCAUUAGAAUGUGUAAAGGAAGACGAGGGCGAAGCGGAGGGAUCGUCAUUAGAAUGUGUAAAGGAAGACGAGGGCGAAGCGGAGGGAUCGUCAUUAGAAUGUGUAAAGGAAGACGAGGGCGAAGCGGAGGGAUCGUCAUUAGAAUGUGUAAAGGAAGACGAGAGCGCAGCGGAGGGAUCCUCACCUGUAUGUGUAAAGGAAGACGCACGGGAAGCAGAGGACUUCAAAUGCCCUUUUGAGAAAAACAUCGAAAUUUACAACGAUAUAGUAAAUCUAAGAAAGAACAAGCUGUCUUAUUACAUUUUCCAAGGGAUCAAUUCGGAUGAGGAUUUUAAUUUAUAUAAUAAAGUUUACGAAAUUGCGAAGAAAGAUAAAUAUGACAUGAGUUUGUUUAUCUUAAGCAAUUUUAUCAUAGAGUAUAUUUUUAUGGAAUAUGGUUCGGACGACAUAGUAGAAAGUGAAUUGACCAACGUGAAUAACAUACUGAACAUAUUUUUCGAGGCCAUAAACUUGUUUUUCUACAAAGAGAACUACAGAAUAACUGUAAAUAUAUUUUUCUUUCUUCUACUAUUUUUAAAUUAUUAUGUGACAAGAUACAUAAAAAAGGAUUUAAAAUAUUCUAUUUUUUUGAAAGAAAACAUCUUAAACUUUUUUUUGUCCAACAAUUAUGAAGUAAUUAAAGUAAAUAGCGAUGAUGUCUAUUCUUAUGUGCCACACUUUAUAUUACGUACUGUAUCCGUGUCUGUAAAUCAUUUGAAGAAUGCUCACAAUUUGAAAGAAACCAUUUCAGCCGGACGGUAUUUCGAUUCAAAUGAUUUUAAUAAAAAUGUGAUUCUUCCCCCGGCAGUGAACUGCAAAAAUAUAAUGUCCAUAUUUCUACUUUUGAGGAACAAUUUAAUUAUGUGUGACAAAACGAUGGAGAAGGAUCUGUAUGAUAGGCAAAAAAGCAACAACAAUAAAGUUAUGCAAAAUGUGAGUGUUCAUGCAAAAGGAAGAAACUACUUAUAUAGAGAUGUAAUUGAAAAAAAUUACAGUGAACAGAACGAGAGUACUGAACAGAGCGUUCCACCUUCUACCACAUAUAGUAACAUUGCUAAUGUAUUUGUGAAGCUAAAAUAUACAAUUGGUUCAGACAACAUCACCGAAGAUUCCUUGAAAGGUUUUUUAUUCAACAAACUGAGAAUUGACGUAAAUAAGAAGAACGCAGAUGGGUUAAUCAGCACUCUGAGGGAUAUAUUUUUCACCUACAACAAUAUAAUAUAUUUAAAUUCGAGAGACUUUCUUAACAUUUAUGAAAAGCUCAGUUGGCUUUACGACAGCGCGUUAGCAUCCCUAACCAUUAUAUUUUUCCUCGAAGAUAGGAGAAACGUUAAAGAGGGUACUGCUGCUACGGUGAAAGCCGCAACCGUCACAGCCACUACCGCCACAGCUCCUACUGCUACGGAUAUGAGUGCAUUACCAGGCGGCCCCCCCGUGGGUGACGGCACAAAAGAAGUGAACUUUGACGAAUACAUUACUAUGUUGAGGGCCAUGGACAAGGCAUACUUUAAAGAUAUCCUAAAUGGUCCUACUGUAUGCAAACUUUUAAAGAAAUACGAAAAUUUUAUCCAUAUGUGCCUCUAUUUUGAUUUAAAUAAAAAGAGAGUGGACAACGUUAUAACUCUGUUGGACGUGUCCAGGAAGUGUGACAUUCUCGUGAGCACAGAAACGCUGAUAGACGUUUUUUCCCUGUACCUGGAGAGAAAAAUGAACGAUUUAAUAUUCAAAGAGUUCGAAUCAUUUUCCCGAUCUGAGGGGACAGCAAAUUUCGAACUGUAUUACACUGUCGUGAAGGCAGCGUUUUUCGAAGAAAACGCUAAAGUAGCCCUAAACGUCUUGAACGAUGUGCUAAAAUCAUUUGACAUAAAACGAGUUCCCUUAAACUUCUUUGAAGGCAUUUUAUUAAUUUUGAAAAAAAAAGGGAAAUACAAAGAUUUAUAUCAGUCCAUUGACAGGCUACACAGGGAGCUGAUCAAUUUUGAAAAGAAUAACCAAUUUGGUGAUUUAGAAAAAUUGGCAGCUGAUGUGAGAAGCGAUUUGCACAAGUGUAAAGCAGAAAGGCAGUUUUAA